AUGAGUGAGAUAUUAAAGUAUGUUGCCAGGUGCAGGGGUCAAAUGUGCGAAGUGUAUCGCACAAUAGAUUUUUAAGUCUAACACUUGAUGCAAUGAAUAUUUUUAAAAUAAUUAAUCUUCGGUCAUCCUCGGGGGAAAGUCGGAGACGGAUCGGGAUGACGUCACCUUCGGGCGGCAUUCGGAAUGAAUACAUAAUGAUGACGUAGGCAUAAUUAAUGCUUUUUACUUAUGAAUAUAUAAUUAGGGAUGAAGGCCGUGAAGGAGUAAGACAUAAUGAAUACAUAAUGAGGUUACAAGCUCUGCAUACUAAUUACUUCCGUCGCCAGAGUGGGGGGUAUCACUACUUAUAUAUAUAUAUAUACAUUAAAUUAUAAUUUUUACAAAAUUAUACAGUGUUCUCUGGAUUGUAAUUAUUUGUUUUGAGCUUUCGACUCGGUACUUCGAGCCUUCAUCAGAAAGAUUGAUCAUACCGAGUCGAAAGCUCAAAACAAUAUAAUUUUAUAAUUUAAUAAAAUGCCUGGAUUACAAAUCUUCAAAUAUAUUAUAUAUAUUAUAUAUAUAUUAUAUAUAUAUUAUAUAUAUUAUAUAUAUUAUAUAUAUUAUAUAUAUAUAUUAUAUACGUUAUGGCGUAUGGACGUGUAUUUAUGAGCUCCACAUUUUUCCUCAGUUUUGCGUUGUUUAUUGCUUUCAGAACGGUUAGGUUUAGCCCUGACUUAUUCUAUAAGGCUCAUUCGCCUAGAAAACAUGUAUUUGGAGAAGAAAACCAUGGAAUUAAGCGAGAAUACCAGCAAUUCCCUGCUGACCUUGGUGAGUUGCGAAAUCGUGAUGAACAGACUCAAUCUUGGACGUAUUUGGUUGUUCUUCACAAUUUUAAAGAAAAUGGAUUGUUUAGUUAUUAUGACAAAGUCUACUCGUCGAUAGUAUGUGUGUUUGGAGAUGGAAACCGUUGUAUUGGGCAAGAAAUCCAGCAAAGUUUGAUACUGAACGUUAAUCUCGAAGUGUUACUCAGCCAGGCUGAACAAGUUCGGAUUUGCAUAUCUUCUAAAUUGGAUAUUUGCAUAAUGAGCAAUGAACAAUUAGCUCUUUGUCUGCCGAUAGUUGCACAGCUCAGUGUUAAGGAAGGAACAAUCAGAGCGAAGUAUUCUUCAUUUAGUUCAUUGAUUAAUCAAUCAUGGUUUGCUACAAGCUACCCGCAUAAUUUACCAUUCAACUAUUGGCCUGUGAAUAGAAAUUAUUGUGCUGUGUAUAGAAACACCGAUAUGCUUUACCUACCGGUUCUGCCAUGCCAACAAAAGUUUUUCCACAACAAACCCAAGAUGAUGCAGGCUCCCUACUUCUAUUAUCCAAAUUUGUGUGCUACCCGACAAAUUCUACUGAAGGGGGGAGAUAUUUCCACAAACCCUGGUCCUCUGACUCAACAACAGCUUGGUCAGAAGCCUAUUAGUAACCCAACGGCUUGGGGAUCAAGGUCAGCGAAUUUAGUUUACAUAGAUUGUUCGUCAAAUUUAUUGCAAAACGGCAAUUGCAACUUGUUGAAGUUUUGUUUACUUAAUAGUCGCUCUGUCCGGAAUAAAACUGCGGAUAUCGUUGAUUACAUUUCCCACGAUUGCAAACCCGACAUUGUAGCAAUUACAGAGACCUGGCUGGACAAAAACGAUAAUGCUGUUCGCGUAGAGCUGUGCCCUGACGGUUAUAAACUGUGUGAUCAUGUGCGUGAGGAACGCCGUGGCGGUGGGAUAGCACUAUUGUAUCGUGACUCAUUGUAUGUUGACAAAGUGGAUGCAGGGAGUAAGGGCUCUUAUGAAUUUUCAGAGUGGAUUGUCAAUCUCUCAUCUGCGCAGAAACUUUGCAUGGUAGCUGUUUACCGUCCACCAUAUACAAGUGAGCAUGGAGCUCCAAUUGGCCUGUUCUUUACAGAAUUCUUUAGUCAUCUAGAAUCAUUGUUACUAUGUAAGGAGGCCUUAGUGAUCUGUGGCGAUUUUAACAUCCAUGUUGAUUCCAUCGAAGACGCUGAUGCAGUGAAGUUCUGUGAUCUACUUGAGUCGGUUGGACUGAAACAGUAUGUUAAUGAAGCUACACAUGUGGAUGGCCACACUUUGGAUCUAAUUAUUACGCGAGUUUCUGAUUAUAUUAUUAUUGGGCAACCCAAAGUGGAUCGGUAUAUUUCAGAUCAUGCAUCUGUUAUUUGUAGUCUAGCUACAGCUAAACCAAUUCUGGAAAAGAGUAAAGUUAGCAUGAUUUAGUGGCCUCUGGUUUGUGUAGAGCUUCACAUGGUGAUUCAGACAAUAAAGUUGCCUGAGGAAAUUGAUGCUGUUGUGAGAGAGUACAACUCUACUUUAACCCACUUGACUGAUUACCAUGCUCCAUUGAAGACUAAGAUAAUCAGAGCAAGAACAUCUGCCCCUUGGUACAGUGCUGAAAUUGAUACUGCAAAAAGGCAACGCCGCAAGGCGGAGAGGGCGUGGCGGAAAAGUAAGUCGUUGACUGAUUUUAGAUUAUUAAGAUUAAGAAAAAUUAUGUGACAUACUUGAUUAAUAAAGCACGAAGAGAAUAUUAUAGUGAUUUUAUUAACAGUAACGGUGACAAUAAGUCUAAGCUUUUUCGUGCGGCGAAAAGUUUGCUCAACACAAAUAGUGAGAUUUGUUUUCCGAACUCACCCGAUAAUACCGUUCUUUCGAAUGAUAUUGGCGCAUUUUUCGUUAGCAAGAUUGCGAGAAUCAGAGCUGAAGUAGACGCUAUGGUUCUUGACUCACAGUCAAAUAAACUAGUGCCGGAUGACAUCAAGUUUGUAUCACAAAGAGGUGGUGUUUUGACCCAUUUUCGGAAGAUUAGUCAGGAAGAAGUGCAAAUAUUAGUUAUGAAAUCGUCUAAGAAGUACUGUUCGCUUGACCCAAUGCUAACGCCGCUGGUAAUGGAUUGCCUAGAUACGUUACUACCAGUAAUUACCCAUCUUAUUAAUUCCUCUUUGGCUAAUGCUACUUCCCUGAGAAUUGGAAAGAUGCAUUGGUGA